UCUAGUCCGUCCAGUUGUCAAUGAUAGACGUAGUGAGGCGUUCCUGAAAAGGAGACAAUCAUCAAGGAGUUAGUUUUUAGUGAAUUUUAUUGUAAUAUUUCUGAAUCCAUCUGGGAUAUCAACUUUUCUCUAAAACUAUGGCUUCUUCGGAUGUGGCUCGGGAGCCGGAUAAAGGAGUCCGACCCCUCUCUCUGGCAGGCCAUGUGGGAUUUGACAGUCUCCCAGAUCAGCUUGUCAACAAGUCCACCUGCCAAGGCUUCUGCUUCAAUAUUCUCUGCAUUGGUGAGACUGGUAUUGGCAAGUCUACCUUGAUGGAUACUCUGUUCAAUACCAACUUUGAGAACUUUGAGUCAUCCCACUUUGAGCCUCAGGUGAAGCUCCGUGCUCAGACCUAUGACCUGCAUGAGAGUAACGUCAGACUACGUCUCACCGUGGUCAACACCGUGGGCUUCGGAGACCAAAUGAACAAACAAGAGAGCUAUCAGCCAGUGGUGGACUACAUUGACAGGCAGUUUGAGAGUUAUCUGCAGGAGGAGCUAAAAAUCAAGCGCUCUCUUCACAACUACCAUGACUCGCGGGUCCAUGCCUGCCUUUACUUCAUCUCCCCAUCAGGUCAUUCACUCAAAUCUUUGGACUUGGUCACCAUGAAGAAACUAGACAGCAAGGUGAACAUCAUCCCAGUGAUUGCCAAGGCUGACACUAUCAGUAAGAGUGAGCUACACAAGUUCAAGAUCAAAAUCAUGAGUGAGCUGGUCAGCAAUGGCGUCCAGAUCUACCAGUUCCCGCUGGAUGAUGAGACCGUAGCCAAAGUCAACACUACGAUGAACGGUCAUUUGCCAUUUGCUGUGGUAGGCAGCACAGAGGAAGUCUCCAUUGGCAAUAAGAUGGUGAAAGCUCGUCAGUAUCCCUGGGGGGUAGUACAAGUGGAGAACGAGAAUCAUUGUGACUUUGUGAAGCUGAGAGAGAUGCUGAUCUGUGUGAACAUGGAAGACCUGAGGGAGCAGACACAUACUCGCCACUAUGAGCUGUACAGACGCUGCAAACUGGAGGAAAUGGGAUUCAAAGACACAGACCCAGAGUGCAAACCUGUCAGUUUGCAGCAGACCUACGUGGCCAAGCGGCAGGAGUUUCUGGUGGAGCUGCAAAAGAGAGAGGAUGAGAUGAGGCAGAUGUUUGUGCAGAGGGUGAAGGAGAAAGAGGCCGAACUGAAGGAGGCUGAGAGAGAGCUGCAGACCCGUUUUGAGCAGCUGAAGCGCCUUCAUGCAGAUGAGAAAGCUGCACUGGAGGAAAAGAAGAGACUCCUGGAGGAGGACCAGAGUUCCUUCAGCAAGAGACGAGCUGCGGCUCAACUCCUGCAGGCCCAGAGUCUCACUGCCAACGGCAAGAAGGACAAGGACCGCAAGAAUUCUGGCUUCAUGUGAAGACGUUGACGCCCACUCCACUACGACCAGUAUAACCAGUGACAUGCUGCUCACAUCCUUUCCAGCCCUUUGUGGCCUGUCUCAGACACUAACUAGGAAAACCCCUCACAAACCAGCAGUGUGUGUGAGUUUGAGUUUAAUUCUCAGCCAAAGUUUGACUGUACCUAAAGUGUACACUUCUCCUCAAUGGUAUUUUUAAUCUUCUUUGGGGGUUUUAUACCACUUUUUUAUUAAUAUUUUAUAUUUAUCCAUUCAUUUUUAUAUAAAACCUUUAUUUUUCAUAUACCUCCUUUUGCCCAAUGAAUUUAUCCUCACACAGUGUUCUCGAUAGAUGCUAUACACAAAUCAAAGGAGGUGAAUAGGUACAAACAAUAUAAUGUAAAGUUACAUUUGACCUUUAUGUCUGCCAUAUCUUUUAGUGUAUAAUAAAGGACUAAGUGUUUUGUAAUGUA